AUGGAAAAAUACUUUAAACGUACAUCUGCGAUUUCCUGUGAUGAACAAAAUAUUGAUGAAAGGAAUGUUCGAAAGAAAAGGGAUGAAAACGAUGUUCGAGAUGUUGAUGUUGGGGGUAUUGGAGAUGUUGAUGUUGGAGAUGUUGAUGUUGGAGAUGUUGAUGUUGGAGAUGUUGAUGUUGGAGAUGUUGAUGUUGGAGAUGUUGAUGUUGGAGAUGUUGAUGUUGGAGAUGUUGAUGUUGGAGAUGUUGAUGUUGGAGAUGUUGAUGUUGGAGAUGUUGAUGUUGGAGAUGUUGGAGACGUUGGGGGUAUUGGAGAGGUUGGAGAUGUUGAUGUUGGAUUUGGGGGUAUUGGUGACGUUGGAAAUGUUGAGGAUAUUGGAGAUGUUGGAAAUAGUGGAGAUGUUGGGGAUGUUGAUGUUGCACAGCUUCCCUCUGAUCCUGGAUUGAGAGUUCCAAUACAAAAUUAUGAUAUUAAUAUUCGAGAUGUGAUUCGAAGAGCAUAUAUGCAAAGAGGUCCUUGUCAGCCUCGCAAUCAUAUAUUUCCACCCACAAGAAUAGGUAAAAUAGACCGACGAUUUUGUGUUUCGUGGUAUAAUGAGCAUCCCACUUGGUUGGAAUACAGUAUAGCAAAUGAUGCAGUUUUUUGCUUUUAUUGUUAUCUUUUCGGUUUGAAUGGUGGUUCAUUUGUUAAAGGUGGAUUCUCAAAUUGGAAAAAGAAAGAAUAUAUAAGAAAACACGUUGGGGCUUCAAGUAGUGCACACAAUCAAGCUCGGGUCAAAUAUGAAUUGUUCAAGAAUCAAGAACAAAGUAUUAGAUCUUGUCUCGUUAAACAAUCGCAUCAAGCUCGAACAAAUUAUCGAAUCCGAUUAAAUGCUUCAAUUGAUUGUGUUCGAUUUCUUCUACGACAAAGGAUGGCAUUUCGUGGACAUGAUGAAUAUGAAGAUUCAAACAAUCAAGGAAACUUUCUUGAACUAUUGCAUUGGUUGUGUGAUCAUAAUCCUGAGAUUAAGGCCGUUGCUUUGACAAAUGCACUUGAGAAUUUGAAAUUAACAUCACCAAGAGUGCAAAAAGAUAUUGUAAGUGCUAUUGCUUCUGAAUGUCUGCAUGUGAUUAUUGAAAAUGUUCGUGAUAGUUUCUUCUUAAUUUUAGUUUAUGAAUCUCGAGACAUUUCUGUGAAAGAGCAAAUGUCAGUUGUCAUUUGUUAUGUGAAGAAUGGGUGUAUAUUGGAACAUUUUAUUGGUGUCAUUCAUGUUUUGAAUACCACAGCUGCCUCACUUAAGGCUGCAAUUGAUCAAUUAUUCUCAACGCAUAGUUUAAGCAUAUCUAAUUUGAGAGACCAGGGAUAUGAUGGAGCUAGUAACAUGCGAGGUGAGUAUAAUGGCCUCAAAGCACUUAUUUUGAAAGAAAAUCCAAGUGCUUACUAUAUUCAUUGCUUUGCUCAUCAACUUCAAUUAGCUCUUGUAGCCGUGGCACAGAAACAUCCGAAGAUUGAAACUUUCUUAACUAGAGUACAUAGAUUGGUGAAUAUUGUUGGAGGAUCAGCUAAACGGAGUGAUCUUAUUCGAGAGAAUCAAAGAUUGAAAAUUCUUGAAUCACUCAGUAUUGGUGAAAUAUCAAGCGGACGAGGUCUCAAUCAAGAAAUUACUCUUCAGCGUCCUGGGGAUACACGUUGGGGCUCUCACUAUAGUUGUUUAAUUAACUUGAUUACCAUGUUUUCAACUAUAGUCGAAGUCAUUGAGAUGAUUGCUACUGAUUCUACAAGUACCGGAACAAGAGGUGAUGCAUGCAUGUCAUUGGAGUUGAUGUUAAGAUUUGAAUUUGCAUUUAAUCUAUAUCUCAUGAAAAAGAUUUUAGGGAUUUCAAACGAAUUGUCAAAAGCAUUACAAAGAAAAGAUCAAGAUAUUGUUAAUGCUACGAAAUUGGUGCAAAUAUGUAAAACACAACUCCAAACCAUGAGAGAUGAUGGAUGGGAUUCUUUUUUGGGAGUGGUUUGUUCGUUUUGUGAAACUCACAAGAUCAAUGUUCCCGAUAUGGAUGAUAUGUUCAUAACUGUAGGUCGUUCACGGCGUGAGACAGUGACAAAUUUGCAUCAUUUUCGUGUGGAAAUGUUUUAUGCCGUCAUUGAUAUGCAACUUCAAGAGUUGAAUGAUCGUUUUUCUGAAGCAAAUAGUGACUUGCUUAUUUGUGUUGCAUGUUUAUCUCCAAAUAAUUCAUUUGCUGCUUUUGACAAGAUCAAAUUGAUUCGACUAUGUCAGUAUUAUCCGGUAGAUUUUGAUGCAGCAGAUAUUCUAGAACUUGAUGAUCAACUAGAUACGUAUAUUAUUGAUAUGCGCACUUCUGAAGACUUUGAAGAAUUACAAGGCAUUAGUGAUCUUGCACAGAAAUUGGUUGUGAAGAAUAAACAUGAAGUGUAUCCAUUAGUCUACAAACUUGUGACACUAACCUUAGUUCUUCCCGUGGCUACUGCUACAGUCGAAAGAGCAUUUUCUGCGAUGACUUACGUCAAAAAUCGUCUGCGCAAUCGAAUUGGAGAUCAAUGGUUGAAUGAUAGUUUGAUUGCAUAUAUUGAGAAGGAUGUUUUUGAUAAGAUUGAAAAUGAUGUAAUUAUUGAACGUUAUCAAAGUAUGAGAACACGUAGAGAGCAAUUGUAA